CAAGUCUUUACCAUACUAGCGCAUUAAUCGGGGGACAAUAAAAAAUCGCUUAAAGUUUAGUGUCAUUCAGUAGUAGUUGUAAUGUAGUUGCUAUCCGGAUAGUUAUUUGUGUUUUUAAAAUGUCUUUUUAUAGAGCAGCGAAAGCUGGCUUGGCGAGGGAUACCCAAGUAAAGAUCGACUCACAGUUUGACGUGGACGAAGCGAAGAAAUGCCUGUACUGGAUAGCGAAGAUUUCCGGCGAGCAGAUCGAGAUACGAGACACGGACGACAAGGUCGAGAUGGCCGACAGCUUCUACACGACACUUAAAGACGGCGUGCUUUUAUGCAAGCUCAUACACACCCUGCUGCCCGAGGGUCAUGGGAUAGAUUUCUCAAAGAAAACCUUCCAGCAGACGAAGAACCUGGCAUUUGAAUUGGCUCGUGAGCGGGAACGGAUAGGAAUGUUUCUUAACAAGGCGCAAGAAUACGGUGUUCCGGUUACAAAUCUCUUCCAAACGGAGUAUUUAUACGAGCGGACUAAUUUAGUGCAAGUGUGUACAUGCAUUAGAGCGAUUGGAAUUGAGGCACAGAGUCAUCCCGGCUACGACGGUCCGGUAAUUUGGCCAAAAAAGAAUGAAACAAACGUUCGAUCCUUCACCACAGAACAGUUAAAUGCCGGAAAACAGGUUAUAAGCUUACAAUACGGAUCUAACAAAGGCGCGAGCCAAGCCGGGAUGAACUUUGGAAAGACCCGAAACAUUCUCGACUGAGGCUGACGUCAUUUCCGGUGAAUGUUCUAUGUGCCAGGGAUUACCAAAUAUAGUAUUAUUCAGAUGUUUGGUCGCGUCUCUUAAAAAAUAAGUUGGACUUUGCAUCAUGAUUUGGUGUUCGUUGUUCAAUCUUGAAAACUUAAAAACAACUUUAUUUGAUAGAAGCUAGUUUACUUGUAACGCAUGAAAACCGAAGGACUCGCUUAGCUCUAUGAUCCGCGUCAUUGGAAAAUGGGGCUUAUGUCAUAUGCGGCCGACGUAGCUCCAGACCAGCUCGCGCAGUCGCGCAUUCCGGUUUAGAACAACCAUAUCAGCUAAUAAGACACGAAAAACAUACGUGGGAAGCGUAACUCUUGACCAGACUGCGCAGACUGCCGCAUAUGACAUAAAGUACAUUUUCGCAUGGCGCGGCUCAUUUUAUGAUCGCUGGUGUAGGGAAGAUUAGGCGGACAAUAGUGUUUUGUUUCCACUUACCUGACCGACCGUAACUUUUUGCGCCAACUCUAAACUUUGUUAUGCCAGGUUUAGUUCCCGAUCAUUUUUUGGCAAAUUAAGUAAAGACAUAAUAAUAAUAAUAAUAAUUGAGAAAAGAAAGUUUAAUGCAUGUGCGUAAAGUGUCGUCCCAGAUUAAUCUGUUCAGUCCACACAGGCUAAUCAGAGACGACUCUUUCCGCCGAAACUGAACUUUUGUCAAGAAGAGUCUUCCUUUAACGACCCUGAUUAAACUGUUCGGACUGCACAUGCUAAUAUGGGACAACACUUUACGCACAUGCAUGACUCCCCCCCCCACCCCUUUCACAGAGCAAAGCUCAUAUUUAGUUAGCGUUGAUUUCAUACAUAUUCAAAUAGUUAACUUUAAAUUUGCUAACAAAGUUAAAGGAAGAAUUAAACAAUUUUUUUUUUAAAGAUUUCUUCGUGUUACUGAAUUUUUUCAUACGAUUUGGAACCUUAAAAAUGGUUAACAAGAAAAGAAAAGCCUACAUUCCUAGCUUAUUUCUUUGGUCAUAUUAGCGGAAACACAAUGCGUUUUAGGCCUAAAGUGUUUGUUACAAGUGUAAAGACGAUUGUGAAGCACGAUGUACGGGUGGAUUCAAGCGUGCGAUUAUAUAUGUCUACAUAUAUUUGCAUAAUGUGUGUAUACUGUACGCUACAUAAUACGUGUUAUACUUUAGAUGAUUACGCAGAUAAAUAUGUUUGUAUAUAUGUUUAACAAUUGAA